AUGCCCUCCGCGUCAGCCUCAGAACCCGUCCCGCUGCCUUCUCUGCCUCCCUCGCCUACACGAACAGAAAGAGACCUUGCAGACCCAUAUGGCGAUGAUGAGCCGCCCACGCCCAAACAGACGUCAUUCAGCCCGAAGGGCAAGGGCAAGCAACGCGCGGAAACUAUGCCGCCAGACGGUCCAUUUCCAGACCCAGACGACUACGCGGACGGCGACGCUCCAGAUCGUAUAAAACGUGCGGCUACGGUAGACGUGUACCCGCCUACAACGGACGAAGCAGCAGAAGCACGACGAAUCGAGGAGAAUUUGCGUCGUUGGGAAGCCGCAGAACGGGCCAAACGACGAGCGGCGAGAGACAAAGACAAGGGCGACACUACUUCUAUUGUUGGCUCUGUACUUCGCCGCGUCUCCCUCCUUCGCUCUCCCUCGCAACAGCGUCCAUCCACACACGGACCAGACGCACACCGCGCUCUCGGCGCGGCAGAUGCCGUACCGCUAGACGACAUCGACGGUGCUGCUACACCCCGGAGCGCCUCGCCCUUCUCGCCGCCAGUACUUUCACCUCCGGCAACGGCAAAUCCAUUCACAGAUGCUGCCGCACUCGCUUCAAGCAAUUCCCUGAUGUUGGGCCAGGAUGGUGAAGGAGACGGUGCUGCGGAUGGCAAAGGCAAGGGACGUCCUCCGGUACCAGCGCCGUUGAAUCUGCCCCCACCACGAACUCCGCCCCCCGUCGAUCAAGCUCCCGGCCCACGAUCACCACUCGACGGCUCGCGCGCAAGUAGCGUCGAGCGUGUGGCCGCAGAAGCCGACGUCUAUGCACCGCCCGUACGGUGGUGGCAUGAGAUCCUCUGUGGGUGUGGCGAAGGACCGGACCGCGGCGGUGAGGAGCAGGCUGGCAAGACAAAUCCAUUGGAAUAG